AUGCAUCCUCAUUUUCCGAGCGAUUCUGACAGCGAACAGCAUGCUAGAAUGCCAUUUUAUCGGCACAAGUCGAUCCAUAGGCAUUUUGGUGGAGGUCAAGUUGCGGAUAUUCUGCUGUGGAAGAACAGGAACUUAUCUGCGGGGAUCCUUGCUGGGGCAACAUUGAUGUGGUUCCUGUUCAAUGUGGUAGAAUACAAUAUAAUUCCGCUCCUUUGCCAGAUUGCCAUGCUUGCCAUGCUUGUGAUCUUCAUUUGGUCAAAUGCCGCACAACUGUUGGACAGGGCCCCUCCAAGUAUCCCAGAAACCAUUAUCUCUGAACAUGCCUUUAGAGAAAUGGCAUUGACCGUACAUUACAAAGUAGCAUACUCUGCAUCUGUUCUUUACGACAUUGCGUGUGGAAAGGAUCUGAAGAGAUUUCUCUUGGUGGUUGGAUCACUAUUGGUAUUGUCAGCGAUUGGAAGUUCUUGCCGCUUCACGAGUCUACUAUAUAUUGGAUUCUUGUGUGCCCACACUUUGCCAGUCUUGUACCAAAGAUAUAAGACAGAAGUGGACCAUCUAGUUGCAAAGGGUAGUGAAGACAUCAAGAAGUUCUACUACAAGGUUGACUCCAAUCUGCUCAACAAAAUACCAAGAGGCCCUGUGAAGACAAAAGUUAAAUGAAAUGUACACCAUGAGGCUAUCAGAACAUAUAAAUAAUUCUUCUGAAAGGGAAUGAACAUACACUGGAAUGGAUUUCAAGGAGAAUUUGAUAUAAGUAGCAAAGUGUCACGGCCUGAGAACCCACCUUGACCCAUGACAGGAUUUGCGCAAACCCGGUCUCAGAUAAGCAAAGCAGACGAGACUUUUGAGAGUUCAAACCUGGACGCUAGUGUCCAAAUGUACCUAUCAGGGCAUAUGUAUACUUUCAUCAGCUAAAAGAUCAAUAUGAAAU